AUGUGGUUUCUGAGGCCCUGGACCCGGUAUAUGCUCUUGGUCAUGGCCCACGUGUUGGCCAUGGGGCUGGGGGCUGUGGUGCUCCAGGCCCUGGAGGGUCCUCCCGCACUCCGGCACCAGGCUGAGCUCAAGGCUGCACUGGCUGCCUUCCAGGCAGAGUUUGGGGCCUGCCUGCCACAGGGAGCCCUGGAGGAGCUGCUGGGCACGGCCCUGAGGACACAGGCCCACGGAGUCUCUGGCCUGGGCAACCACUCAGAGACCAGCAACUGGGACCUGCCCUCAGCCCUGCUUUUCACUGUCAGCCUCCUCACCACUACAGGUUAUGGCCACAUGGCCCCACUCUCCACAGGCGGAAAGGUCUUCUGUAUGGUCUAUGCAGCCCUAGGAGUGCCAGCUUCCCUAGCACUUGUGGCUGUCCUGCGCCACUGCCUGCUGCCUGUGCUCAGCUGUCCAGGUGCCUGGGUAGCCAGUCGCUGGCAGCUGGCACCGACCAGGGCUGCACUGUUGCAGGCAGCAGGGCUGGGCCUUCUGGUAGCUGGCAUCUUUGUGCUGCUGCCAGCACUGGUGCUGUGGGGUCUACAGGGUGACCGCACCCUGCUGGAGGCCAUCUACUUCUGCUUUGGGUCGCUCAGCACCAUUGGCCUGGGAGACCUGCUGCCAGGCAAUGGCCAAAGCCUGCAUGGUGAUUACCAGCUUGGCCAGUUUGCACUUCUUGGUUACUUGCUCCUAGGGCUCCUGGCCAUGCUGCUGGCAGUGGAGACCUUCAUGGAGCUGCCACAGGUCUGUGCCAUGGUGAAGUUCUUUGGGGCCAGUAUUCCCGUGACCACUGAGGACCAAGAUGGCAUUGUAAGCCAGGAUGAGCUGGCUUUGAACAACUUGCCUCCUGCCACCCCUGCAUCCGAACAAGCCCUGGCUUGCAGACAGGUGUCAGAUGACUCUGUGUAG